AUGGCGGACGAUAUUUCACGACAAAAUCGUGAUCAGAUAGAGGUGGAGGCCGAGAAGGAGCGCAUCGAAAAUGUUGAACACAUCGCCUCACCAAUGGUGAAUGGCCUACCUCAGAUGGAUCCGGCUCGCCGCAUAGUCGUCGAGAAGAAGCUGAAGCGCAAGCUCGAUGCCCGCUGCAGUUUGUUCGUGGCCAUCUACAUUAUGAACUACCUGGACCGCAACAACAUGGCUGCAGCCCGUCUCAAGGGUCUGCAAGAAGAUCUCAGUCUCACCAACACGGAGUAUUCCACAUGUCUGAGUAUCCUCUACGUCGGCUACAUUAUCAUGCAGGUGCCUUCCAACAUGUUCAUCAACCGCAUCUCGCGACCAUCACUCUACAUCGCCCUGGCCAUGUUGCUGUGGGGUGCUAUCUCUACUCUGUCCGGCAACACCAAGAACUUUGGACACAUGGUGGCAGUCCGUUUCCUGCUCGGUUUCAUCGAGGCUGCCUUCUUGCCCGGUGCCCUGCUCAUUCUCUCCAAAUGGUACACCCGCCGCGAACUGACCACGCGCAAUGCCAUCCUGUUCUGUGGAAAUCUCAUUUCCAACGCCUUCUCCGCACUCGUCGGUGCCGGUGUGCUUUCCAACAUGCAAGGUGUCCUGGGCCAUGCCGCGUGGCGUUGGCUCUUCUGGAUUGAGGGCGCCGUGACCAUGUUCCUCGCCCUCUUGGCCGCCGUUAUCUUGCCCGAUCUGCCACACAAUGCACGCGGUUUCACCGAGGAAGAACGCCAAGUUGCCCAGCUGCGCAUGAUCGAGGAUGUCGGCGAGGCCGAUACCGAUAGUGAGGAGCUUGGUGCCUUCGGCGGUCUGAUCAUGGCCCUGAAGGAUAAGAAGAUCUACGUGAUGAUGUUCACCUUCGUUGCCUACGUUGUCGGAUUGUCUUUCAACGCUUUCUUCCCUACCCUGACUGGUACUCUCGGAUUUGGAUACGUCCCCACUCUGCUCAUGAGCGCUCCUCCCUGGGUCUUCUCGUGUAUCGUCUCCGUCAUCAACGCCUGGCACGCCGACAAAACCCAAGAAAAAGUGUGGCACAUUCUCGGCCCGAUUGGGAUGGGAGCCAUCGGCUUCAUCAUUUGCAUGAGCACCAGCAACGUCGCCGCCCGCUACGUCGCACUCUUCCUGCAGGCUGGUUCCUACGCAGGAUUCAUCGUGUUCUACUCCUGGAUCAGUUCCUCCUUCCCGCGUCCUCCCGCCAAGCGAGCCGUUGCCAUUGCCAUGAUCAACGCCUUCAGUCAACUGGGUAACGUCGCUGGCUCCUACGUCUGGGACUUGGAUGACAACGGAUUCCGCUCUAGUUACGGAAUCGUGUUGGCUAUGUUCGGUGUCACCGUCGGCGGAUGCUGGUACUUCCGCCACAUGCUGAACGAUUUGAACAAGAAGCUUGAGGAGGGUGAGAUGGCCGACGCUGCGGGUGCAAGCGGGAACGAUAUUAUCGAAAGCGCCGACGAGUCCCUGCGCAUGCGCAAGGGCUUCAGAUAUCUUGUUUAG